CGCUAACACCCAGUAACGUCUGCGGUUUGUCUCGCAAAAGUCCAAAACCUUUCCCUACCAACACAAGUUCGAGACAUCUGCUCCACCGCAAACCUCUCUCUCUCCCCCGACAGAGUCAUCUGAGGAUAAGGGAAUCCAAAAAUCCAACGACACCCUCCCGUUCUCCACCUCACUUCCCUCUUCUUCUUCUUCUUCUUCUUCCUCCUUGUUCCUCUUGGGCUCAUAUGGCAGUUGCUUUUUCUGGGCAGCCCUUUUCUUCUUGUGCCCAAUAAAUGCUUAGCAAUGGAGUCUCGAAGAAGACUCGCCAUUCUUUGCUCCCACCUACUCCCCUCUUCUGCUUCACCUGUUGCUUCCUCCCAAUCACAGUUUCUGUCUCCUUGUAAUUCUUCUUCUGAUUCUAAUUUUAUGAUGGGCUCCGGCGGUGGUGCUGGCGGCGAAAAACAGAGGGACCAAGAUUGUGUCUUUUGCUCUAUUGUUCGCGGCCAAUCUUCGGCCUUCAAACUUUACGAAGAUGAUUCUUGCCUCUGUAUUUUGGAUCGAAACCCGUUGAGUCAUGGGCAUUCCCUUAUUAUACCAAAGGCUCACUUUUCUACCUUGGAGUCAACCCCUCCAUCUUUGGUGGCAGCAAUGUGUUCAAAGGCACCUUUUAUUGCGAAUGCUCUAAUGAAGGCCACUGGCUCUGAUUCAUUCAACAUGCUAGUGAAUAACGGGGCAGCUGCAGGGCAAGUUAUAUACCAUACACAUAUCCAUAUAAUCCCACGCAAGACAAACGAUUGCUUGUGGACAACUGAGAGCUUGCCAAGGUAUCCCAUAAUCUUCGAUCAGGAAGCUUCCCGUCUCGUUUCAUCCAUCCGAGAGCAGCUGACAAACGUUUAUGGUGAUUACAAGGGCCAGGAAUCAGGGCUAUCUCGAUUCUCUCUCUGACCCUGGAAGAGCAGAACAGAUGCCGCCGUUGAUGAUGUUGCACAUGUUGGCUUACAAACAGAGUUACAACUUACAAGUUACGAUGUACCAUAAACAAACGGGAGAAUGUAUACUCUCAAUUCUCAAAGUGUGUUCGUUGAGAAAUGAGAAUCCUCAAGGAUCAAACCGUUCACUGGACUUGUAAGACUGUUUUUCAACAUUCAUAGUUUCAUACCAGCCAAAUCUUGUAAAAACAAUCAGCUUCCUAAUGAUCUCGUUUGAAAGGAAAGGACACUGCAAAACGGUGCCGUAUGUGAAGAGGUAACAGCUAGGGAAACGGAAAGAUCCCACCUCCUAUACAGAUUCGGACUGGUCGGAGUGAACUCUGCUUCUCCUUUUCCGACGAGAAAUCGGCAACAAAAUCAGUGGCUAUAAAAAGACCCGACCCCCGACUAACGAAAACCCAAUUGCAAACUCGCACUCAGAUUAGCAAAGGAGAAGGGCAAGAAGAAAUCACCAACCCCCCUUGUCAGGUUCGAUCGGCAGCUGAAAAAGAUGCAGGUCUUCGUGAAAACGCUCACCGGGAAGACGAUUACUCUGGAGGUGGAGAGCAGCGACACCGUGGACAAUGUCAAGUCCAAGAUUCAGGACAAGGAAGGGAUUCCGGCCGACCAGCAGCGCCUGAUUUUCGCCGGGAAGCAGCUGGAAGACGGCAGAACUCUGGGCGAUUACAACAUUCAGAAGGAAUCGACGCUUCACUUGGUUCUGAGGCUCAGGGGAGGGACGAUGAUCAAAGUGAAGACGCUGACGGGGAAAGAGAUUGGUGUCGACGUGGACUUGAACGACACGGUUGCAGGGAUAAAGGUGAAAGUGGAGGAGGUGGAAGGAAUCCCGCCGAACCAGCAGCGGCUGAUCUUCAAAGGAAAGCAGAUGGCGGAUGACAAGACGGGGAAGGAUUACCAAAUUGAAACCGGCGACGUUCUUCAUCUCGUUCUUGCACUCAGGGGCGGCGCUGCCGGCGGAAGUACGGUUGGGUUUAAUUAGUUGGGCUUGGGCCAUGGUGCCGGAUCGGGGUUUUUAUUUUUUCUCUCUUAUUUGCAUAUGGGCUUUUGUUCAAUCAUUUUUUAUUUGUCUGUGGGAAAACUCUGUAAUUUUGAAGGAUACGUUUUGUGAUUUUUUCUUUACGUAGG